GCCACAGGAGGCCGCGUGCGCAAGGAGCUGGAGGAGUGCCAGAAGGACUCGCACCUAUCGGGCGUCACGGCUGUACCCGUCAACGCCGCGUCGCUCUCGGAGCUGCGAGGCACGAUCCAGGGCCCGGAGGCGACGCCGUACGAGGGCGGCCACUUUGAGCUCGAGAUCGUCAUCCCUCCCAAAUACCCGUUCGAGCCGCCGCAGAUGCGCUUCAUCACCAAGAUCUGGCACCCCAACAUCUCGUCGCAGACGGGGGCCAUCUGCCUGGACAUCCUCAAGGAUGCGUGGUCGCCGGCGCUGACCAUCAAGACGGCGCUGCUGUCCAUCCAGGCGCUGCUCUCGGCGGCGGAGCCCACGGACCCGCAGGACGCAGAGGUGGCCAAGAUGUACCUGCACGACCACGAGCAGUUCCUGAGCACGGCGCGCUUCUGGACCGAGAGCUACGCCAGGCAGACGGACACAGGCGACGAUGCCGCGCUCUCCAGGCUCAUUGACAUGGCCUUCCCCGCGGACAAGGCGAAGGCUGCGCUGCUGGCAGCUAACGGCGACGAGAACGCUGCGAUUGAGAAAUUGGUCAGCAGCAUGUAG